AUGAAAAUGGUACGUAAGAAGAAUGUCAGUCCUAAGAAAAGAGCUACAAUUGACCGACAACAACAACAACAACAACAACGAUCACAGCAUCAGAAAAAAAAAAAAAAGACUAAGAGGAAAACGAAAAGUAUAUCGAGCAGUAAAAUAAAAAGAAGGAAAGUUAGCUUUUCUAGCGCAAUUAAACAAAUAGGGAAACGUGUGGUAGAUCAAAAACCUACUACCUUUGGAGAAGCAAUACUUGUAGCGUUGAGGGAGGCACAAAAUUUGAAAAAAGGUGUAAAAAAGCCGCCAAAUCGUAUAGUAAAGAUACCGAAGAAAGGAGGUAUACUACCACUAAUCCCAAUUUUUGCUGGCCUAUCAGCCCUUGGUGCUUUGUCUGGUGGUGCUGCUGGUAUUGCUAAGGCUGUCAAUGAUGCAAAAUCCGCAAAGCAGCAAUUACAAGAAUCUCAACGUCAUAAUAAAAUGAUGGAAGCUGUAGCACUUGGAAAGGGAAUGUUUUUGAAACCCUAUAAAACGGGAAUGGGCCUUUUCCUGAAACCAUACAUUAAUUAA